AUGUGCAACAAACGGCGUCUGGUCGUAUGGUUGUCAGUCCUCCUAAUCCUGCUAGUGUACCUGGGCUACAAUGUACUGGAGCCCUUUCGAUCUCGAGUUCAAGUUGUGUUACCGGAGUUAGCUCGGGAUAUUGAGUCGAAUGUAGCCGCUUUGAAAAGUGUGGGGAAGUGGUCUUGGCUCAGCGCCGAUAGUGAAGUCAAUUACAGCCAUUAUUACGGGGACAGUGGAGGCAGAAUUACACGUGUAAUCGCCUUGCUGAGUAAGACAUUAUGGAGAAGUGACAAUAUACGUGAGGAGCUAAUAAUUAGUUGUCUCGAGUACGUGUUUGCAUGCAGUCGCCUUUUCAGUGCUGGAGUCAAGCUAGUUGUCUGCUCAACCAAAUUGUUUCUGCGAUGUUGCAUAUACCUUUCUCCAUGGCUCAUCAGCUACACACGACAGGGCUGUAUUGCCUUUUACGAGAUAGAUACCCAAAAUAAAAUCAAGAUUCUGUCCGCCGUGGCAACCUUGGGCAUAGUUGGCUACGUCAAGAAGAAGCGCUACGUGAGCCGAAGCCUUGACGCCAUAUCCAUGGCACACUAUAAAACUAGCAAAUUCCUCACCUUCACCGGACCUUACGUGCUCAUUCUGCUAACUGCCUAUCUGCCUGCCAAGCUAUCGUUCAGAAAUACCUCCGCCUUCACUUACAUUCUGGUCACCACCUUGGUCGUCUUCAUGAUUGUACUCAGCUUAAAGGCAUCAAGUGAAUUCUCGAGACUCGAAUCCAAAUACCAGGCUCUCAAAAAAAGCAGAUACUCGGCUUAUCUCUCGUCUUCAGCACCACCGGGAACUGGCUGUAGAAAUCAGGACUCAGAACGUCUACAGACAGACCGUCUACAAUCAUCAGAGCGCAUACAAUCAGGUCGACGAUCAGCCCAAACAACUAACGAAAAAUUCGAAAUGGCCACCUCUCCUAGAAUCAUGGACAGGCUCAGACUUUUGGUCACUCCCCGAUAUGUUGAGGACCCGAUACAAGCCGACGAAGCAGCGAAAAUGUUUGAAACACGCUACAAGCUUAGCAACCAGGUUACGAUCUGUUUAUCCUCCUGGAUUGGCUUGGCCUACUACCAUCUGGCGACGCUUCUACCUCAGUACAUCUUAGAGAAGUUUGGAGUUCGGCGAUACAAUUUAUGGUCAUUUAUCAUCCGAAGAGGUAACAUAGCCGACUCAAUUGUUUCAAGUCCCUUCCUAUAUGGCGCAGCCAACUGCCUUGAUGAAAUUGUGGUUAUUACUCUGGCAGUUGCGGUCCUGGUGCGCGAUACUGCUUUCGCCAGACACGUGCGCGAUUUUAGCGCACACGCGUUCGAUGUGACCGCAACGAAAAUUACCGGGUUUUCAAUCAAGUCAAAUGACAUAAACAGGUCGGAAACAACCACUGGAACGGACAGAGACGCCUUGCUGGAGUCCCCUCUGACCUCGGCGGUUGCCCGAAUGCUGCCUUUUGGAGAGUACCUGACAUUCGCCGCCGAAAACUGGACUCAGAUGAGAUCGAUAUUUCUCCAUGCGGUGCCGCUGCUCUUUAUGCCCCUGCCAACGUUCAUGGUGAAGACUGCACUAGUGGUGUACGGACUUGUACUGCCUUGCACUUACGGCCUGCGCGCCACCUUGGCAGGCAACGCAACCAACUGUCACUACUGGCUCUGCUACUUCGCGAUACUGAACGCGGUGGCGUUGGGCUGUUACUCCGCCAUGAGCGUAGCGUGCUACGUGAUCCAGUCCUCUCCAAGGCUCAAGCUACUCAUGCUCAUGCUGCUGCAAUAUGGCAUCGAACAACCACGACUGUUCUGGGCCUACCUGGCGACCAGGACUUCUCCACCGGCAUCCCAGAAUCCACCACUUAUCAGUGAGCGUCCAGAAACGGCCAGCCUAAGCCGCUCCAGCAGCCUAGACAAUGCCUCGGCCAUGUACACGCCCGCUGCCGAGAAGGCUGCCAUCAGGAACAGAAGAGCCAGUGAGGACAGCACCAUCGUAAGUAACAGCGCUACUUCGGUAGUGUCCAAGAAAAAAGUGAAGAUGGCCAAGCGCUGA